CUUUUAGAAAAAGCAAGCGUGCAGGAUACCAAUAGCGGGGAUCACUGCAUAUGCCAUUUCAGAAAAGCCAGCUGGGGAACGAUCGAGCUUGGGGUGCCGCAUGAAUCCACAAUGAAGCACUCAGGACGUGGUGCGGCGCUUUUCACGCUGUGUGUCCUUUGGCCAUCGGUUCCCCACAACCAUCAUCCGGUCAUCCGACUCUCUGCUUGCUUGGAUGAGGCUUGGCUGCUGUCAUGGUCACUUUCUCCCUUGUCAUUAAAAUGCCGUCUUGGCUCUCCUUCAACUAGGUAGUCACUGUUUCAGCUGGUCAGGGACCGGUGCGGGGGCCAAGACGAUUGUCUCAUUCGUCGAGCCCUGUUGGGGGUUGCCUGUUCGCGUCCGAAAAAGCCGUCGCGGGUUCUGCCCGACCGUGUGUGCCGCUUUUUUUCGUCUGCAUAUGGUAUAUCCCGUCGUUUAUGCCCACGCCUCUCUUCACAGGCCACAGGAGGACGCUCUUCCCAGCUGCCCAGGGACCAACCGAACACUGUGCGCCGUGGCACGACGGCUGAGCGGAACUGUAUGCCUGUCGUUAGCAGGCGUCUGCGUAUUAGUCGAGACGCCGCGGUCGAACGAACCCCAUCUAUGUGCGACACUAACUGCGGGCCUUGCCACGCGCGUCUCCGGGGCAGCGGCAGUGGCCGCGGGAGGAGACAUGACGGAGGCAGCGACCCUUCAGCCCCCUAAAGCCGGGCGGUCUCGGUUCUCGAAAGCGCUGCCGGCCCCUCCUUCCCUCCCUACCUUUGACUUUGAGUCGCAACUCUCGCCGCUGGUGUCGCCGCUGGUGUCGCCGCUGGUGUCGCCGCUGGUCCCGGAGAAUGCACUUCAGCGUCCGCAGCAGUCCGAGACUCUGCUGCCGCCUCGCCCGCCGCCCAAGCAACCCAGCGCCGAGAGAGAGCCGCCCCAGGAGCGGGGACCCUUGACCACCAUGGCGGCGACGGCGGGUUACGACAAGCCUCUGAACUCACCACUCCCGCCGCUACCCUCCAAGUUCACCGGGCCGGUGCCUAAGCUGAGCAUACCGCGACGGCCCGUUGCAGCUCCCGUGGCCCCGGUCCCGGCCCCGGCUCAGGCUCAGGCUCCGACUGCUGCACCGGCCCUGGCGGCCCCAGACCCGGAGCCGUCCCCCGUCGGUUCUUUUUCGAGCCUCCUCUCGGCCUACUCCAACCACACUGCGGACUCGCCCCGAUCGUCGUCUGCAAACUCAGCCACACAUUCGUAUGCGGUUGUGUCACCGAACCCGGCCAACACGCAAAGGAGUAGCGCAACGUCGUCCGAGGCACAUGCACAUGCGCUUUCGCAUGCGCAUGCGUUGCCGCCACUGCCGUCUGAUCAAAGUGCGCAGGAACGCGAGCCCGACAGUUUUCAAAAGCCCGAGGCCGGCCCGGAAGAGUUGCCCCCACCGCUGCCUCUGAAGGAUUCGCAGCGCGGAGCUCCGAGACCUCAGACACCCGCCGGCCCGCAGAUCGAAACUGCGCAACCGCCGACAUCUGGGCGGAUUGGAUCGCCGUUAGCCAACGGCGGCUCUCCACAGCAAGAGCAGCUCUGGCGACGACGAUCGCUCAAAACUGACAAGCCCUUGGCGAUUCCAGAACUCAAACUGGUCUCCAGCCACGGUUCCACUGCUGCGUCAGCCCAAGCCACCUCGCAGAGCGGCCCCAGCAGUCUUCUUUCGCAGCCCUUCCCACUUCCUCCCCGGAGCAACCCCGAAGCGGACGAGCCGGCCUCAACACUACGGGCCCCGCCUCGAAGCGCCAACGGCGGGCUGCCAGGGCGCAAUAUCCGACCUGUGCCCGCAAGCGAGCAAGCUGCUGCGCAAGCGGAAGAAACCAUGGGGCAGGAAACAUCGCGGAUCAAGGAGAAGCUGGAGAAGGGUAGGAGGCGCGGAAGUGCAGAGGAGCCCGAGGCCAAGAGCCAGGAGUCACAGUCAUCGCAGGCGGCGACACUUGGUCCCGCAAUAUCCGGAUCCGCUGUCUCGCCGCCCUCUUCGCAGCGUCUUCCGACGGCCGAGGAUGGUGCAAGCGAUGUCCGGAGCCCCCCGCUUGACGCAGUCGCGCCGCCGGUCUUGCCGGCAUCAUCGCCGGACCUGCCGAGCGAGCCGAAGCCGACCAUAACGCGAAAAGCUGUUGGGCUUCCUGAACGCCAGAUACGCCCUGCCAAGAGUAACUCGUCACUAGCACCAGGCCCCAUCAACACGACACUGGGAGCGCGGUCGCCGGUGGGACUCCCUACUUCACCAAGGCCCGAUGCAAAUCAAGUUCCAAACCAGACACGGGAUCUCAGCAGGUCUCCAAUGCCAAACCUGAGUCAAGGCCCGAACCAGGCACCGUUCGUCCCCUACUCCCCCCGACCGGACCUAAAUCAAGGCUCGGAUCAAAAGCAGUACAUCCCCUAUUCUCCGGCCGGCGACCGCACCCAGCAGCCGAAUGGCGCACAGCUUCCCGUCCGGCCCCCGUCGAGGGACGGCACUGACCAAGCUCCCCUCCCUGUGGCUCCGCAGCCGGCAGCACCGCCGCUCUCAGCUUUACCGGCUACGUCCUUGAGACCAAUGCGUCCUCUCAGCCCGAUCGGCGAAAUUAAAAGCAUGUCCGAAACCGGCUCGAUAGAGACAGUGAAAGCACCGUCCGCCCUCCCCCGUCCCCCCGCCGCCCUCCCCCGUCCCGUUACCGCCGAGGAUAUGCCUCUGCGCGAGCACGACCCGAACCAGCCAGACCAGACGGACAACCCGGGCGCGCUGCGCUUCCCGCGCGGGUGGUACACGCCGCGGCCGGCGGACGAGAUCCCCGACGCGCGGCCGCUGACGGCGCGGCAGCGGCGCUGCCUGACGCGGCACCGCUACAUGACGCCCGGCCGGCAGCGCACGAACCCGGUCGCGUGCCGCACGUGCGGCCGCAAGGACCGCGGCGCCGAGUGCUUCGUCUGCAGCGCCUGCUACCUCAACGUGUGCGCCGGCUGCGAGGCCCUGCUGCGCCGGUUCCGCGGCGAUCUGGAUGCCGUCCUGGACGCUGUGCAGCAGCAGGAGAAGAAGAGGGCCCAGCAGGCCGGUAAGGGGCUGGAGGGGACGGCGGUGGUGGCCGGGGUUGGCGAGGCGAUCAAGGAGGAGUAAUACCCGCACCCGCCUCUGGGGAAGUGAAGGGGGUGGCUUUACAUUCUGAUGGCCCAGCUUUUUUUUCUUUUUUUCCCUUUUUCCCCCGUCUCCCAUGGCCGGGUGUCCUUUACAAUUCUUUUCGCCCUCUUUCCUUGGUGUUUUGAGGGGUAGAUCUGCUUUGAUGGCCGACGGCGGCC